CGGAGGCUGCAGACGAGACGAGGAUUGGUCGCCGGGGUGCGCGUGACACGGCUUCAGAGAGUACAGUAAUCGGAUAUUUGAUGAUUCCGGCUUCUGUAUGAGUCGAAUCUGAUCUGAGUUUCCGCACGGAGGACGAGGAGGGUGGCGAGAGUGGACGAAUUCGAGUGAGACGCCUUGCCUUUGAAGAUUGAGCAGCAGAGCGAGCAGGAGAGGAAGGAUCGGGCAGAUUCCCCGUGCAGGAAAACGCAGCCACGACGGUAGGAGGAAGAGAAGAUAGAUAGAGGCAGAGCGAAGUGGAGGCUCGAGCGGGUCGAUACGCGCAGGCGCUUCUUGUUUCGCGAGGUCGGCAUCGUGUUGACGUAAGCGGAACGGCGAGGAGAUCGGGCCACCGUAAGCGGGGCAUAGUUGAAUCGCAAGCGUAGGGCUUGGUCUGAGCAACAGCGUUUUGCAGACAGGGCUUCGCGAUCGCUUCCCAGACCUCGAUUCGAGAGAUGAUGGCCUUACAUCUGAGAAGGACUAGAACCGGUAAUCGCUAGCUGACAAUGCCAACACAGGACGUCGAGUACCAGUCUUCGAGAAGUUCGCGGAUUUUGGUCGAAGAGAUUGCGUGAUUUGAUCGGAGACCUGUUUUCGGGUGAUGGCCAAGGGAUCGAAGAGCACCAGGCCUGGGCUCAGCAACAGGGCUCCAGCACACCAAGAUCAAGUGCAACUAGGAGGGCAUUCCAUAUAUGGGGAUAUCGACGAGGAAAUUGGUGGCUUAAUUGUGAAAGUUGACCAGCUGAAGAAUAUUGCACAGGUGAUAGAAACAGAGACAAAGUAUCAAAAUGAGCUUCUCAACCAACUUGAGGAGACGAUGGCCAAAGCACAAGCCGGGGUAAAAACUGCCAUGAAAAGGAUGAGCAAAAGUGUUAUACAAAACGGCUCCAAUCAUCUGCUGCACGUUGUGUUGUUCGGAAUCCUGUUCUUCACCCUCCUCUAUUUGUGGGCUAAAUUCCUUAGAUAAGUCUAGAUUUCUAGUAUUCAGCUGGUUCAAAUGACUAUGAUUUAGAGGUUAGAGACAACUGUACAUGUGGUAGGAACCAGUAAGCAAAUUCUUUUUCUCGUGUCUGGAGCUGGUGACAAUCAGAGAUCAUUUUAUUACUAAAAGCAAGCCCAUGUAACCAAAAGCUUUUAGGAGCUACUUGCUGGAGUCAAGAAGCUCCAUAACAGUGAAACGUGUUCUGAGCUUUCUAGUUGGUCAGCUACGCAUUGGUGAGGGCGUCUCUUGUGAUAUUGGCAGGCAGAAAAAUAUACCCACUUGUUUGCGGGUCUUCCCUAGCUUAGCGUUUCAAAUGACUGGGAAGAAAAGAAUCAAAGAGGAAUGGCCUUGGACGGGAAAAACGAGGGUGCCAUUUGAGAGUGAGGACAGGUUCUUGUCUCUGUGGGAUGUUUCUCCAUUGACGAGUUAAGAUCGAAGUUUUCAACUGUAGUCGAGAAAACCCUUACUAAUUAAUUGGCAUCUUAGCUCUACCGACUCUACCGAGUCGUUGCUCAACGCAGCCGCAGCGUAGGGCUUUCCAUAUAGGCUGAAAAUCCCUGAGAUAAUUUUUGGCUGCUCCAGGUGAGCAAGGUACAGCGUGGUUCACAGUGCCAAAGGUGGUCCUGUUGACCCGUCUAUACACAGGGUUCAUUCAUCUGUGGCUCACGGUUAGCAAUUAACAGGGUGGUCACCCAUUUGCAUUCUCUGCUGGUUCAGAGGGUGCAACCCUUUGGAACUGUCUGAAGACAUUGCCCGAUAUUUAAAGGCUCGGGGUGAGUACAGCACGCUUUGCUUUGUGCCAUUGGUCACUUGGUCUUCUAGACUGCCAUGAAUUGAAGUGUAUAUUUUUUUAUCAAGAUCGUUUGCAGUAUCUGACUGCGUUUGAGGACAUUGUUACUACUAGCCAUAUAUAGUCUGCUAUUACCGAAUUGGGGUGUUUUAAAGUGUAGAGCAUUUGAUCUGAUUUAACCUCGGCCAUAUCUCGACAGUUAUCUGUUUUAAAUACUGGCAAGCAGG